AUGGGUAAUCAACAAACAGGUCGUACCCGUAGUGAUACAUAUACACGAUAUGAACGAGAUGGUGAAGAUGGUCGAUAUGUAACACUUGAUCAUCAUGAUUCCAGUGGAAGUAGUUAUGUAUCAUCAAUUGAUGAUCGACUAACACCACGACAUGAUUCAAGUUUACCAAUACGUAUUCGUAAUCAACGUCAUAUGCAUCAUCAUACUCAUCAAGCUGUUCAUGAAGAAAUGCAACAGGAAAAAAAAACAAUUCCUGUUGUAUUUAAAUAUCCAGCAUUACCAAAAGAUAAAGAAGCUUUAUUAAUUGGUUCAUUUACAAAUUGGAAAGAAACAAUACCAAUGGUUAAAAGUGAUAAUGAUUUUGUUGCUAUUUUGGAAUUACCUGAAGGUGAACAUGAAUAUAAAUUUCAUAUUGAUGGCCGUUGGGAAUAUGAUAUAAAUGAACCAUCAAAAGAAGAUGGUCAUAAUGGUCGUAAUAAUGUAGUAACAGUUAAAAAAAGUGAUUUUGAAGUUAUGGAAGCACUUCAAUCGGAUUCAAUUUUAUCUAGUAAUCAAAGUUCAACUAUGAAUAAACAACAAUGUAAAAUUAUUUUUC